AUGGCUCGACGUCUCGCUAAAAUCACCCUUUUCUUCCAACUUCUUCUCCUUUUUUCUCUCCUCUCCCUUCUCGAUUUUCGACGACGUCCCAGCCAAUCGCAGCGGGCGUUCGAGGCCGAAAAACGCGCCGACGAGCGCGGAAAUUUCGAUUUUAAUUCGGCGCCCGGCGAGCCGGAGAGAGAGAAAGAGGAGGAGGAGCCGAAGCGAACCAGCGGGACCACCGAACCAAGUGGGACCGCUCAGAGUACGACGGUCGCUUCCACUGAAACCACUGCGGAAGAAGAGAUCACGGCGACUACACCGUCUAAUGAAGAGUGUGAGUCUUUGAAUGCUUGUAACUCGGUCCCGCUUGGAUAUAUGAAAAUAUGGUCAACUACAAAAUUGUAGAGAAUUUCAAGAUCUAUAACUUUGUAGUUGACCGCUUUGUCUGAAAAUUGUGUUUUAGUGGUGAAAAAGUUGCUGGAAGGUGUGUUCGACUUGGAAAAUCUCACAAAAAUCGUGGAAGAAGAGCAUGCGGACGCACUGGAUGAGGCCACAAAUCGGACAGUUUUGUGGAUCGAUACCAGCUACAAAGCAAUGGAUUUCAAUUUAUCGAUCGAUGAGAUCGAGGAGUGUGUGACGUGGCAAAAGUUCUGGAAUGUGAGCGCCGAGGCGAAGGAAGCGAAGGUGAGACGUUUUUGGAGCUGUAACUUGAAAAUUGCACAUAUUGACGCUAUAUUGUCAACUGCAAAGUUGUAGAGCACAAAAUUUGCAACAUUUUUGCAGUUGACCACUUUUUGAAAUGUACAAUAGUUCUUGAGAUUGAGGCUUUAGAAGUUGGAGGAUAAGACCGCAUCUUUGAAGCCCCGUAUCUCGGCAACUAUUGUACAUUUCAAAAAGCGGUCAACAGAAAAAUUGUUUCAAAUUUUAUGCUCUACAACUUUGUAGUUGAUAGUUUUGCACAAAAAUUUACUAUUUUUGAGAUAUUACCCAUUUUCUCAGCGGUUCCAUGUGACUUUUGAUUCUUUGUCUAUUUUUUUCAAUAAUUUGCGAAACACUAAUCUACAGUAAUCCAUUUCAGGCCCAAAACGUCUCAAAUUCGCUAAACGAGACCGAAUCGAGCGACGAGAACGGCGAAUUCAAAAAGUUGGAGAAGAAUCUGAAGGAAACGGAGCUUGUGAACUCGAAAAAGCGCCUCAAAGUUUUGGGUCUCAAUCCGGAGCUCCUCGUCGCCUAUAAGGUGCCUACAGUACCCCUAUUACCCCUAAAAAUUUGAAAACCCCAAUUUUUAGGCCGUCGGAUUGGUCUACCGUGAAAUUUGCGGAAAUCAUGGACGAACUUUGUGGUACCGUAAUCGAGAGGACGCGAAUUUGAUAGGCGUCGACUCGUUUUCACCCAUUUGUGAACCCUUUAAGGUUUUUUUUUCAAAAAUUGAUACUGUCGCACCAAAAAAAUUGGCUUUUUCAGGAAGAACUGAAUCCGGACGAAAAAACGUUGGGAAAACUGGCGUUAAAAUUGAAUUAUCUUAUUCAAAACGUGACAGAAGGCUCCCGACCGGCUCUGAAAAGGGGCGGAGUCAACGGAACGGAACCUAUGGAAGUGGUCAACGGGACCACGCCGGUUGAGAAGGUCCCGGACGAUGGGGUACGUUUUUUUGUAUGUUUCUAGGUGACAAAAAUGAGUUGGAAACAAUGGGGAAUCGAACUUGGACCCCAAAAGUUCAGCACGAUUGUAGUAGAGGCUGUUAGCCACUAGACCAUCCGGACACCUUUCGGGUUUUGGCUCAUAACUCUGCGGGCGUUGGAGAUACGGGAAAGUUUUCAACUGACAAAAUGUAGAGCUUGAAAUUCUCUACCAGAUUGUCGUUCCAGAUUGUCCUUCUGCCGAGCUCCACUGCUCCAGAACCUUCCACAGAUGUUCCGGCACUUCAAACGCAUCCGGAUCAUCACAAUCAUCACCAUUCUCAACAUUCUCAGCCGAACCCUGAGGGACCGGAAGCGUCAGAACCUAAAAAACCCAACCAAGACUAUGAAAUUGUGGACGAGGAAUUUGAGAACAAAGAAUUUUCGUCGGGACUCCCGCCCGAGACGACUACAGAAGUUGCGUCGGAAAUUGAAGUCUAUGACGAUGAUAUUUGGGAUUAUCGGGAUAUGGAGUGAGUAUUGUCCACUAAAAAGUUGUAGAGCACAAAAUUCUCUACAUUGUUCCAGUUGACCACUUUUUGAAAUGUACAAUAGUUCUAAAGAUAACCCUUCCCUUUCAAUGCUUUUAUCUCAACAACUAUUGUCGCAAUCAAAAUGUGGUCAACAGCAAAGUUGUUGCAAAUUUUGUGCUCUACAACUUUUCAGUUGAUCAUUUUCCUCAGAAAACGCUUUAAAAUCCGUCACCGCGUCGUGUACGACGGCAACGAAAUCGGCGAGGUCGGCCUCGGAACCGACAGUCUUCCGAGCAUCCACGUGGCGUCGGGCGCUCGCAAAACACGUCGCCACGUGGUUUUAAAGACCCGAAUGCGUCGGCGAACGCGUCGGAAACGAGAAACGUCGGAGGAGAGAAGUCACGAGCAUAUGGACGUCGGUGAGGAUGAAACCGAGGACGAUUGGCUCAAUGUGGUGGGGGUUUUUCGAUAAUUUUUGGAUAAACUCUUCAUUUUUCAGCGUCAAAUCAUCAAAACCGAAGACGGCGAGACGACGGUAGCGAUAAUCGAGGAAAGCGAUCAUUUAUUGGAUGGAAAUGCGACGGAUAUCAAGGCGUGGAUCGAAAUCGACGCGUCUGACGUCAUCAAGUACAGUAUAGCCGCAAGUUCAACGAAAAAUUGCCCAAUUUUCCAGUCCGGUCCUUCUGAUAUCAUCGCCAGAAGCGGUGGCCGCGCUGGGACUCGAAGUCGAUGCCGCCACCGCCUUUCAAAGAUUCGAAAACGUUGGAUUGUACCUGCCGGGCAUAUGUUCCGAAUACGUUCCCAAAGCGAUCGACGAGUUCAAUAGUAGCAGUUUUGAAGGUAGCUCCCCUAUUUCUUAUUGAAAGUGACAUGAAACUAGAAUAGUUGUAGAGACUUUUUGAAACCGACAAUAGUUGCAAUUUUCAAAGCAUUUUUGUACGAUACAUAAAUAGGUGUUUGGAUAGAGAAUUUCAAGCUCUACAUUUUGUUAGUUGAACGUUUUGCCGUAUCUCUAACGCCCGCGGAGUUAUGAGCCAAAACCCGAAAGGUGUCCGGAUGGCCUAGUGGCGAACAGCCUCUACUACAAUCCUGCUGAACUUUUGGGGUCCAAGUUCGAUUCCCCAUAUGUGUAUAUCGAUUUUUGUCAUAUAUAUACUUAUCCAGGCGUCGAAAUCGAGGGACCAAUCGGUGUGAACAUAACCGCUUUGGAGCUAGCCGGUGUGAACCUCACAAGUUUGGCCGACAAACUUCGAAACGACACCGAAGUCGACGAGAUACUGUCGCGAACGAAUGGGUCGACAAAGUGCGUGGCCUAGCCGUCGCUCUUCCACAAUUUUCUCUUCCAGAAACCUCGGCGGAAGCUUCAUUUUGCCGGUUCUCAACAAAAAUCAAUACGAUCCGUUUUCGGCGCCCAUCGUUUUUCAGGGAAGCGCCGUCGUUGUCCGCUUUGGGAUUUAUAUCGAGUCGAUGAGCAACUUUCAGACAAGUACAAUGGUAGGCGAGUGUGGCCGAGGAAAAGUUAGGCCACGCCGAGCAAAAAAAAAUGUUUAGGACUACGAUAUGGACAUUUAUCUGAUGAUGUCGUGGCGAGACGCUCGUCUAGUGAAUCCCUAUGAUAAACCGAUUCUUGUGAAAGAAGAGGACAUUUUGGAGAAGAUCUGGAGGCCCGAUCCGUUUUUUGCCAACGCGAAAGAGGCCGAAUUCCAUGAAGUCACCUUUUUGAACUUUUUGAUGCGAAUCUUUCCCGAUGGUUUGGUGCUCUAUGAGACGAGGUGAUUCGAAUGGAUAUUGUAGAGUUUCCAGACGUCGUCUGGUUCUAGAAAAUUGUUUGUGAAAUCUUGACGUCUUGUAGAACAUUUUUGUAGUUGAACACUUUUUUGUACGCCCACGCACUCGAGUACUGUAGCUCUCCAAAGUUGGGGUACUUGAAAAAACUUUAAAUAGCAACAGUACUUCAGAGAGUUAUGGUAGAAAAAUGGUGUCAAGAGCAAAAAUGUAGUACUCUUUAAGUACUACAUCUUCGUAAUUGACACUUUUUUUCUAAACCCACUCCCCGGGCUACUGUAGCUUUUGGAAGUUUUUCGAGGCCUGUAAACAACGUUUUUUUUAUUUCAGAGUGAAAAUCAAGCCUUCCUGCAACUUGAUUCUCUGCAAAUAUCCUCAUGACAAGCAGACAUGUGACUUGCUCAUCAAAUCUUGUAAGUUACAGUGAAAAUUUGCAUGAUUCUGACAAUAUCCAAGAAAUUCUAGUAGCUGUUACACUAUUUUUUGCAUUUUGAGUGGAUAUGGUUUAGAAAUUAGACUAUAACUUAAAAAUGACAAGUUUUCGCAUAAAAUGAUCAAUUACAAAGUUAUAGAGCAUACAAUUUGCAACAACUUUUCAGUUGACCACUUUUGGAAAUACACAAUAGCUACAAAGAUACACGCUUUAGAAGCCAUUCUAUUCAAAGCCAUGUAUCACAAUAACUAUUACAUGUUUCAAAAAGUUGUCAACUGCAAAAAUGUUGCAAGUUCUACGCUCUACAACUCUUCAAUUGACAGUUUAGCUGUCGCGCGCUGUCCAGACCGACAAUCUCGUUUUGCAGUCGCCUACCCGGUCGAAACGGUGCGUUUCGAGUGGUUCACCCGCCGCAAAGACGCGAUCGACAAGAAUCCGGACGUGAAACUGCCCGAGCUCUACAUCGAUCGCUACGAGACGACGACGUGUGCGAACGAGCGCAAAUCCGGAGCGUUUUCGUGUCUUCGCGCCGUUUUCCGCCUCAAACGAGACGUCGGCUUUCACAUUGCGCAAACGUACAUUCCGACGAGUUUGGCGUUGAUGUUCUCGUGGGUCGGUUCGAACCAACAUGCACCAUGUAGCGUCCAAUUUCGCAGGUCGGCGUCUGGCUUCCCGAAGAAUUUAUGGAGGGCCGCAUCGGUGUGGCGAUCACCGUCCUUUUGACGCUUUCGACCGAGUCCGCCGGAGCCAGGGAACACUUGCCAAGUGUCUCGUACCUUAAGGUUCGUCCUCCCGCCCACUCAGUUGUCACCAGUGUGCCUUACCGAAAGGGUUUCGGUAAAUUUACCGGUAAAAAUUUCGGUAAAACUUUUUUUUACCGAAAGAGUUUCGGUAAAUUUUCGAAACAAUUUACCGUAAAUUUACCGAAACUAUUUCGGUAAAAGUUUCGGUAAAUUUUAUCGGUAAAUGGGUACUUUUUCGAAACAAUUUUCAUUUUUGAGAACGGAACAUUGAGGCGACUGUUCAGCGUGUUCCUGAUGUUUCGGAUGUUGUUCAGAAUGUUCUACGGCGCCUCAAUUUUUCUGUUUUCUUUUAACGAACAGUUUAUUUUCGAAUGAGGAACUUUGGGGACACAUUAAAUGCGAAACUCGUUGCAUAGCAUUUUAAAAAAAUUUAAAAAUUAAAAAUUGAUUAUUGAACACAAAAACAUGUUUUUAACAUUUUUUCUCCGCUCUCAAAAAUUGUUCUUUCGGUAAUUGUCGAAAGGAACGAUUUACCGGUAAAUUUACCGAAACUCUUUCGGUAAAAACGUUUUUACCGAAAAUUUACCGAAAAUUUACCGAAAUUCACUUCUUUCGGUAAAAAAAAUUUCGGUAAGGCACACUGGUUGUCACCAGGGGUGUGCGGAAAAUUUUUUUCGGAAAAUUUCGGAAAAUCGGUUUUUCCGAAUUUUUUUUUUCGGAAAAUUUCGGAAAAAUCGGAAAAAUCGGAAAACUCACUUGUUCAUUGGUUCAAUAAAGUGUUUAAACAACGUUCUAAUACAAAAAAAUGCUUAUUAUGAUUUGAAAUCACUUGAGUGGGCGGAAGCCAAGCAAUGGAAUAUUUUUUUGCAAAAAAAUUAGCCGAGAGAAGCUCUCCGGGUCCAGUGUUUUCCGAUUGUCAGUGAGAAUCAGGGGUGUGCGGAAAAUAUUUCGAUUUUCCGAAAUUUUCCGAUUUUCCGAGAAAUUUUCGGAAAAAAGACGCUCGCUGCUAGACCCUUCCAAAAAUUUUGUGAUGCGCCUUUAAAAAGCAUACGGUGGUUUUGGACAAAUUGACCUUGAAUCCACACUAAUUUUCCGAAAAUUUUGCCGAAAAUUUUCGGAAAAUCGGAAAAUUUCGGAAAAUCGAAAUAUUUUCCGCACACCCCUGGUUGUCACCCACAAAUACCUCGCGUACCCUUGAGGCCAUCGAUCUAUGGUUCGGAUUCAUCACCGGCUUCGUCUUCUUCACACUUCUCCAGACGCUCUUCGUGAUCGGCUUCGACAAGCGAGCGAAUCAGCUGCGAAAGUGGGCGGGCCGAAAAACGGCCGACAUGACCGAGGAGAUUCGCGAGGCGCUUCUUCAAAAAGCGACACGCUACCACAAAACCGGACGAUAUCUCGACAAUUUUUGCCGCGUUUUCUACCCGCUCAGCUUCAUUCUCUUCCUCUUCAUGUACUAUUUUGUGUUCACCGAAGGACGACAGGAUGAUUGUAUGAAUCGACGAUGA